AGACGGAAGAGGAAAGGGAGGGCGGCGAGCCGGCCGCGGCGGGGUGUGGAGCGUGCGGCGUGUGUGCGGAGGGAGAGGUGGGAGGGCGGGAGGCGAAGCGAGGGAAGGAGGCGGAGGAAUGAGAGCGCGAGGCGUUUCUCGUCGGCUCCUUCGCUCGGGCGGAAAGAGCCGAGCGCAGCCCGAACGCUCUAUUAAAAUGGCGGCGGCGUCAGCGGUGGCCGCGGCGUCUGGUCGGUGAAGUGACUCUGCUGCUUCUCUCCCCACCCGCCCCCUCCCUCCCUCUCCCCUCCCCCCGUCCUUCCCCCCCUUCCCCGCCGCCGGCGCCUCCGCGCCCCUCCGGCCUGCGCACCUCCCCUCGCCCCCCUCCUCUCCCCCGCCCGCUCCGGGGACCGCCGGCCCCCUCCCCCAUACUCCUGCUCUCCGCCCCGUCCCCGCCGCCGCCCGCCCUCGUCGCCUCCCCGCCCCGCCGGCCGGCCGGCCCCCUCCUCCGCCUCUCUCCCCUCCCCCCCGCCGGUCGGGAUCAGUCACUGCGAUCCGAAGCGGGGGAGGGGGGGGGCGGCGGCCGAACGAUGUGCGAGAACUGCGCAGACCUGGUGGAGGUGUUAAAUGAAAUAUCAGAUAUAGAAGGUGGUGAUGGACUGCAGCUCAGAAAGGAACAUACUCUCAAAAUAUUUGCUUAUAUCAAUUCCUGGACACAGAGGCAAUGUCUAUGCUGCUUCAAGGAAUAUAAGCAUUUGGAGAUUUUUAACCAAGUAGUGUGUGCACUUAUUAACUUAGUGAUUGCCCAAGUUCAAGUACUCCGGGACCAGCUUUGUAAACAUUGUACUACUAUUAACAUAGAUUCCACGUGGCAAGAUGAGAGUAAUCAAGUGGAAGAACCACUGAGUAUAGAAAGAGAGUGUAAUGAAGGAAGUACAGAAAGACAAAAAUCAAUAGAAAAAAAAUCAAACUCUACAAGAAUUUGUAAUCUGACUGAGGAGGAAUCUUCAAAGAGUUGUGAUCCUUUUAGUUUAUGGAGUACAGAUGAGAAGGAAAAACUCUUACUAUGUGUGGCAAAAAUUUUUCAAAUUCAGUUUCCUUUAUAUACCGCGUACAAGCAUAAUACUCAUCCUACUAUAGAGGAUAUAUCAACCCAAGAAAGCAACAUAUUAGGGGCAUUCUGUGAUAUGAAUGAUGUAGAAGUACCAUUGCAUUUGCUUCGUUAUGUAUGUUUGUUUUGUGGGAAAAAUGGCCUUUCUCUCAUGAAGGAUUGCUUUGAAUAUGGAACUCCUGAAACUUUGCCAUUUCUUAUAGCACAUGCAUUUAUUACAGUUGUAUCUAAUAUUAGAAUAUGGCUACAUAUCCCUGCUGUCAUGCAGCACAUUAUCCCUUUUAGGACCUAUGUUAUUAGGUAUUUAUGCAAGCUCUCUGAUCAGGAGUUAAGACAGAGUGCGGCUCGCAACAUGGCUGACUUAAUGUGGAGCACAGUGAAAGAACCAUUGGAUACAACAUUAUGCUUUGAUAAAGAAAGUUUAGAUCUUGCAUUUAAGUACUUUAUGUCACCAACUCUGACUAUGAGGUUGGCUGGACUAAGUCAGAUAACGAAUCAGCUUCAUACCUUCAAUGAUGUAUGCAAUAAUGAAUCCUUGGUAUCAGACACAGAAACGUCCAUUGCAAAAGAACUUGCAGACUGGCUAAUAAGCAACAAUGUGGUAGAGCAUAUAUUUGGACCAAAUUUACAUAUUGAGAUUAUCAAACAGUGCCAAGUGAUUUUGAACUUCUUGGCAGCAGAAGGGAGACUGAGUACUCAGCAUAUUGAUUGCAUAUGGGCUGCAGCACAGUUGAAACAUUGUAGUCGGUAUAUACACGACUUAUUUCCUUCACUCAUCAAGAAUUUGGAUCCAGUGCCACUUAGACAUCUCCUUAAUCUGGUCUCAGCUCUUGAGCCAAGUGUUCAUACUGAACAGACCCUAUACUUGGCAUCGAUGUUAAUUAAAGCAUUAUGGAACAAUGCACUAGCAGCUAAGGCUCAGCUGUCUAAACAGAGUUCUUUUGCAUCAUUAUUAAAUACUAAUCUUCCCAUUGGAAAUAAGAAAGAGGAAGAAGAGCUCAGAAGAGCAGCCCCAUCACCUUGGUCACCUGCUGCUAGUCCUCAAAGCAGUGAUAACAGUGAUACACAUCAAAGUGGAGGCAGUGACAUUGAAAUGGAUGAGCAACUUAUUAAUAGAACGAAACAUGUCCAACAACGACUUUCUGACACAGAGGAAUCUAUGCAGGGAAGUUCUGAUGAAACUGCCAACAGUGGUGAAGAUGGAAGCAGUGGUCCUGGUAGCAGUAGUGGGCAUAGCGAUGGAUCUAGCAAUGAGGUGAAUUCUAGCCAUGCCAGCCAGUCCGCUGGGAGCCCUGGCAGUGAGGUACAGUCAGAAGACAUUGCAGAUAUUGAAGCCCUUAAAGAAGAAGAUGAAGAUGAUGAUCAUGGUCAUAAUCCUCCUAAAAGCAGUUGUGGUACAGAUCUUCGGAACAGAAAGUUAGAAAGCCAAGCAGGCAUUUGCUUAGGGGAUUCCCAAGGCCCAUCAGAAAGAAGUGGGACAAGCAAUGGAACAGGAAAGGACCUGGUUUUUAACACUGAUUCAAUGCCUUCAGUAGAUAAUCGAAUACGAAUGCUAGAUGCCUGUUCACACUCUGAAGAUCGAGAACAUGAUAUUUCAGGGGAAAUGAAUGCUGCUCAUAUAGCACAAGCAUCUCAGGAAUCUUGUAUUACACGCACUGGGGACUUUCUUGGGGAGACUAUUGGGAAUGAAUUAUUUAAUUGUCGGCAGUUUAUUGGUCCACAGCAUCACCACCACCACCACCACCAUCAUCAUCACCACCAUGAUGGGCAUAUGGUUGAUGAUAUGCUAAGUGCAGAUGAUGUCAGUUGCAGUAGCUCCCAGGUCAGUGCAAAAUCAGAAAAAAAUAUGGCUGAUUUUGAUGGUGAAGAAUCUGGGUGUGAAGAGGAACUAGUUCAGAUUAAUUCACAUGCAGAGCUAACAUCUCAUCUCCAACAACAUCUUCCCAAUUUAGCAUCUAUUUACCAUGAACAUCUUAGUCAAGGACCUGCAGUUCAUAAACAUCAGUUCAACAGUAAUGCUGUGACAGACAUUAAUUUGGAUAACGUUUGCAAGAAAGGAAACACUUUGUUGUGGGAUAUAGUUCAAGAUGAUGAUGCGGUUAAUCUUUCUGAAGGAUUAAUAAAUGAAGCAGAGAAGCUUCUCUGUUCCUUAGUAUGUUGGUUUACGGAUAGACAGAUUCGAAUGAGAUUCAUUGAAGGUUGCCUUGAAAAUUUAGGAAAUAACAGAUCAGUAGUAAUUUCACUUCGUCUUCUUCCAAAGUUGUUUGGUACUUUUCAGCAGUUUGGAAGCAGUUAUGAUACACAUUGGAUUACAAUGUGGGCAGAAAAAGAACUGAACAUGAUGAAGCUUUUCUUUGAUAAUUUGGUGUACUAUAUUCAAGCUGUAAGAGAAGGAAGACAAAAACAUGCACUGUACAGCCAUAGUGCCGAAGUUCAAGUUCGACUUCAGUUCUUGACUUGUGUGUUUUCAACUCUGGGAUCACCUGAUCAUUUCAGGUUAAGUUUAGAGCAAGUCGACAUUUUAUGGCAUUGUUUAGUAGAAGAUUCUGAGUGUUAUGAUGAUGCACUUCAUUGGUUUUUAAAUCAAGUUCGAAGUAAAGAUCAACAUGCCAUGGGAAUGGAAACCUACAAACAUCUUUUCCUGGAGAAGAUGCCCCAACUAAAACCUGAAACAAUUAGCAUGACUGGGUUAAACCUGUUUCAGCAUCUCUGUAACUUGGCUCGACUGGCUACCAGUGCCUAUGAUGGUGGUUCAAACUCUGAGCUUUGUGGUAUGGACCAAUUUUGGGGCAUUGCUCUAAGAGCACAGUCUGGUGAUGUCAGUCGAGCAGCUAUCCAGUAUAUUAACUCCUAUUAUAUUAAUGGUAAAACGGGUUUGGAGAAGGAGCAAGAAUUUAUUAGUAAGUGUAUGGAGAGUCUUAUGAUAGCUUCUAGCAGUCUUGAACAGGAAUCACACUCAAGUCUCACUGUUAUAGAAAGAGGACUCCUUAUGCUGAAGACACAUCUGGAAGCAUUUAGGAGAAGGUUUGCCUAUCAUCUCAGACAGUGGCAAAUUGAAGGCACUGGUAUUAGUAGUCAUUUGAAAGCACUGAGUGACAAACAGUCCCUGCCGCUAAGGGUCGUAUGCCAGCCAGCCGGACUUCCUGACAAGAUGACUAUUGAAAUGUAUCCUAGUGACCAGGUAGCAGAUCUUAGGGCUGAAGUAACUCAUUGGUAUGAAAAUUUACAGAAAGAACAAAUAAAUCAACAAGCUCAGCUUCAGGAGUUUGGUCAAAGCAGUCGAAAGGGAGAGUUUCCUGGAGGCCUUAUGGGACCUGUCAGGAUGAUUUCAUCUGGACAUGAGUUAACAACAGAUUAUGAUGAAAAAGCACUUCAUGAGCUUGGUUUUAAGGAUAUGCAGAUGGUAUUUGUAUCUUUGGGUGCACCAAGAAGAGAACGGAAAGGGGAAGGUGUUCAGCUGCCUGCAUCUUGCCUACCACCCCCUCAGAAGGACAACAUUCCUAUGCUUUUGCUUUUACAAGAACCUCAUUUAACUACUCUUUUUGAUUUAUUAGAGAUGCUUGCAUCAUUUAAACCACCCUCAGGAAAAGUGGCAGUGGAAGAUACUGAGAGCUUAAGAUGUGAAGAACUUCAUCUUCAUGCAGAAAAUCUCUCUAGGCGUGUAUGGGAGCUACUGAUGCUUCUUCCUACAUGUCCUAAUAUGUUGAUGGCAUUCCAGAAUAUCUCAGACGAACAGAGUAAUGAUGGACUUAAUUGGAAAGAACUUCUCAAAAUUAAGAGUGCUCACAAGCUAUUAUAUGCCCUGGAAAUUAUUGAAGCACUGGGAAAACCUAACAGGAGGAUAAGGAGAGAGUCAACGGGAAGUUACAGUGAUCUUUAUCCAGAUUCAGAUGAUUCAAGUGAAGAUCAAGUGGAAAAUAGUAAAAAUUCCUGGAGUUGCAAGUUUGUUGCUGCUGGAGGGCUUCAACAGUUAUUAGAAAUUUUUAAUUCUGGAAUUCUGGAGCCUAAAGAGCAGGAAUCCUGGACUGUGUGGCAGCUAGAUUGUCUUGCUUGCUUGCUGAAGUUAAUAUGCCAGUUUGCAAUAGAUCCAUCUGAUUUGGAUUUAGCUUAUCACGAUGUCUUUGCCUGGUCUGGUAUAGCAGAAAGCCAUAGGAAAAGAACUUGGCCUGGUAAAUCAAGAAAGGCUGCUGGUGAUCAUGCCAAGGGUCUUCAUAUACCAAGAUUAACAGAGGUAUUUCUUGUUCUUGUCCAAGGAACCAGUUUGAUUCAGCGACUUAUGUCUGUUACUUAUACGUAUGAUAAUCUGGCUCCUAGAGUUUUGAAAGCUCAGUCUGAUCACAGGUCUAGGCAUGAAGUUUCACAUUAUUCAAUGUGGCUCUUGGUGAGUUGGGCACAUUGCUGUUCAUUAGUGAAAUCUAGCCUUGCUGAUAGUGACCAUUUACAAGAUUGGUUAAAGAAAUUGACUCUCCUUAUUCCUGAGACUGCUGUCCGUCAUGAGUCUUGCAAUGGUCUUUAUAAGUUAUCUCUGUCAGGGCUGGAUGGAGGAGACUCAAUCAAUCGGUCCUUUCUGCUAUUGGCUGCUUCAACAUUGUUGAAAUUUCUUCCCGAUGCUCAAGCGCUCAAACCUAUCAGGAUAGAUGAUUAUGAAGAAGAACCAAUGUUAAAACCUGGAUGUAAAGAGUAUUUUUGGUUGUUGUGCAAAUUAGUUGACAAUAUACAUAUAAAGGAUGCUAGUCAGACCACACUCCUCGACUUAGAUGCUUUGGCACGACAUUUGGCUGACUGUAUCCGAAGCAGGGAAAUCCUUGAUCAUCAAGAUGGUAAUAUAGAAGAUGAUGGGCUUACAGGACUCUUAAGGCUUGCAACAAGUGUUAUUAAACACAAACCACCCUUUAAAUUUUCAAGAGAAGGACAGGAAUUUUUAAGAGAUAUCUUCAAUCUCCUGUUCUUGUUGCCUAGUCUAAAAGACAGACAACAGCCAAAGUGCAAAUCACAUUCUUCCAGAGCUGCUGCUUAUGAUUUGUUAGUAGAGAUGGUGAAGGGAUCUGUUGAAAACUACAGGCUAAUACACAACUGGGUUAUGGCACAACACAUGCAGUCAGCCCAUGCACCUUAUAAAUGGGACUACUGGCCUCACGAAGAUGUUCGUGCUGAGUGUAGAUUUGUUGGCCUGACUAACCUUGGAGCUACUUGUUACUUGGCUUCUACUAUUCAGCAACUUUAUAUGAUACCUGAGGCCAGACAGGCUGUCUUCACUGCAAAGUAUUCAGAAGAUAUGAAGCAUAAGACCACUCUUCUGGAGCUUCAAAAAAUGUUUACAUAUUUAAUGGAGAGUGAAUGCAAAGCAUAUAAUCCUAGACCCUUUUGUAAAACAUACACCAUGGACAAGCAGCCUCUGAAUACUGGGGAGCAGAAGGAUAUGACAGAAUUUUUUACUGAUCUGAUUACUAAAAUUGAGGAAAUGUCUCCAGAACUGAAAAAUACCGUCAAAAGUUUGUUUGGAGGUGUAAUUACAAACAAUGUUGUGUCCUUGGAUUGUGAACACGUUAGUCAGACUGCUGAAGAAUUUUAUACUGUGAGGUGCCAAGUGGCUGAUAUGAAGAACAUUUAUGAAUCUCUUGAUGAAGUUACUAUUAAAGACACUUUAGAAGGUGACAACAUGUAUACUUGUUCUCAUUGUGGGAAGAAAGUACGAGCUGAAAAAAGGGCAUGUUUUAAGAAAUUGCCUCGCAUUCUGAGUUUUAAUACUAUGAGAUAUACAUUUAAUAUGGUAACAAUGAUGAAAGAGAAAGUGAACACACACUUUUCCUUCCCAUUACGUUUGGAUAUGACGCCCUAUACAGAAGAUUUUCUAAUGGGGAAGAGUGAUAGGAAAGAAGGUUUUAAGGAAGUCAGUGAUCAUUCAAAAGAUACAGAGAGCUAUGAGUAUGACUUAAUAGGAGUAACUGUUCAUACAGGAACAGCAGAUGGUGGGCACUAUUAUAGCUUCAUCAGAGAUAUAGUCAAUCCACAUGCUUAUAAAAACAAUAAAUGGUAUCUUUUUAAUGAUGCUGAGGUAAAACCUUUUGAUUCUGCUCAACUGGCCUCUGAAUGUUUUGGCGGGGAGAUGACGACCAAGACCUAUGAUUCUGUUACAGAUAAAUUUAUGGAUUUCUCCUUUGAAAAGACACAUAGUGCUUAUAUGCUGUUUUACAAACGCAUGGAACCAGAGGAAGAAAAUGGCAAAGAAUUCAAAUUUGAUGUUUCAUCAGAGUUACUAGAGUGGAUUUGGCAUGAUAACAUGCAGUUUCUUCAAGACAAAAACAUUUUCGAACAUACAUAUUUUGGGUUUAUGUGGCAGUUAUGUAGUUGUAUUCCCAGUACAUUACCAGAUCCUAAAGCUGUUUCCCUAAUGACAGCAAAGUUAAGCACUUCCUUUGUCCUAGAGACGUUUAUACAUUCAAAAGAAAAGCCCACAAUGCUUCAGUGGAUUGAACUCCUGACCAAACAAUUUAAUAAUAGUCAAGCAGCUUGUGAGUGGUUUUUGGACCGUAUGGCUGAUGAUGACUGGUGGCCAAUGCAGAUACUAAUUAAGUGCCCUAAUCAAAUUGUGAGACAGAUGUUUCAGCGUUUGUGUAUCCAUGUGAUUCAGAGACUUAGGCCUGUGCAUGCUCAUCUUUAUCUACAACCAGGAAUGGAAGAUGGGUCAGAUGAUAUGGAUGCCUCAGUGGAAGAUAUUGGUGGUCGUUCGUGUGUCACUAGAUUUGUGAGAACUCUGUUAUUAAUUAUGGAACAUGGUGUAAAACCUCACAGUAAACAUCUUACAGAAUACUUUGCCUUCCUUUAUGAAUUUGCCAAAAUGGGUGAAGAAGAGAGCCAGUUUUUGCUUUCACUGCAAGCCAUAUCUACAAUGGUACAUUUUUACAUGGGAACCAAAGGGCCUGAAAAUCCUCAAGUUGAAGUAUUAUCAGAGGAAGAAGGGGAAGAAGAGGAGGAGGAAGAAGAUAUUCUCUCGCUGGCAGAAGAAAAGUACAGGCCGGCUGCCCUGGAAAAAAUGAUAGCUUUAGUUGCUCUGUUGGUUGAACAAUCUCGCUCAGAAAGGCAUUUGACAUUAUCACAGACUGACAUGGCAGCAUUAACAGGAGGAAAGGGAUUCCCCUUCUUGUUUCAACAUAUUCGUGAUGGCAUCAAUAUAAGACAAACUUGUAAUCUGAUUUUCAGCCUCUGUCGAUACAAUAAUCGACUUGCAGAACAUAUUGUGUCUAUGCUUUUCACAUCAAUAGCAAAGUUGACUCCUGAGGCAGCCAAUCCUUUCUUCAAGUUGUUGACUAUGCUAAUGGAGUUUGCUGGUGGACCUCCAGGAAUGCCUCCCUUUGCAUCUUACAUUCUGCAGAGGAUAUGGGAGGUAAUUGAAUACAAUCCUUCUCAGUGUCUGGAUUGGUUGGCAGUACAGACACCCCGAAAUAAACUGGCACACAGCUGGGUCCUGCAGAAUAUGGAAAACUGGGUCGAGCGGUUUCUUUUGGCUCACAAUUAUCCUAGAGUCAGGACUUCUGCAGCUUAUCUUCUGGUGUCCCUUAUACCAAGCAAUUCAUUCCGCCAGAUGUUCCGGUCAACAAGGUCUUUGCACAUCCCAACCCGUGACCUUCCACUCAGUCCAGACACAACAGUAGUCCUACAUCAGGUCUACAACGUGCUCCUUGGUUUGCUCUCAAGAGCCAAACUUUAUGUUGAUGCUGCUGUUCAUGGCACUACAAAGCUAGUGCCCUAUUUUAGCUUUAUGACUUACUGUUUAAUUUCCAAAACUGAGAAGCUGAUGUUUUCCACAUAUUUCAUGGAUUUGUGGAACCUUUUCCAGCCUAAACUUUCUGAGCCAGCAAUAGCUACAAAUCACAAUAAACAGGCUUUGCUUUCAUUUUGGUACAAUGUGUGUGCUGACUGUCCAGAGAAUAUCCGCCUUAUUGUUCAGAACCCAGUGGUAACCAAGAACAUUGCCUUCAAUUACAUCCUUGCUGACCAUGAUGAUCAGGAUGUGGUGCUUUUUAACCGUGGGAUGCUGCCAGCCUACUACGGCAUUCUGAGGCUCUGCUGUGAACAGUCUCCUGCAUUCACACGACAACUGGCUUCUCACCAGAACAUCCAAUGGGCCUUUAAGAAUCUUACACCACAUGCCAGCCAAUACCCUGGAGCAGUAGAAGAACUGUUUAACCUGAUGCAGCUGUUUAUAGCUCAGAGGCCAGAUAUGAGAGAAGAAGAAUUAGAAGAUAUUAAACAGUUUAAGAAAACAACCAUAAGUUGUUACUUACGUUGCUUAGAUGGCCGCUCCUGCUGGACUACUUUAAUAAGUGCCUUCAGAAUACUAUUAGAAUCUGAUGAAGACAGACUACUUGUUGUAUUUAAUCGAGGGUUGAUCCUGAUGACUGAGUCAUUCAACACUCUGCACAUGAUGUAUCAUGAAGCCACAGCUUGCCAUGUGACUGGAGAUUUAGUAGAACUUCUGUCAAUAUUCCUUUCAGUUUUGAAGUCUACACGCCCAUAUCUUCAGAGAAAAGAUGUGAAACAAGCAUUAAUCCAGUGGCAGGAGCGAAUUGAAUUUGCCCAUAAACUGUUAACUCUUCUUAAUUCCUAUAGUCCUCCAGAACUUAGAAAUGCCUGUAUAGAUGUCCUCAAGGAACUUGUGCUUUUGAGUCCCCAUGACUUUCUUCAUACUCUGGUUCCAUUUCUACAACACAACCAUUGUACUUAUCAUCAUAGUAAUAUACCAAUGUCUCUUGGACCUUAUUUCCCUUGUCGAGAAAAUAUCAAGCUAAUAGGAGGGAAAAGCAAUAUUCGGCCUCCGCGCCCUGAACUCAAUAUGUGCCUCUUGCCCACAAUGGUGGAAACCAGUAAGGGCAAAGAUGACGUUUAUGAUCGUAUGCUGCUAGACUACUUCUUUUCUUAUCAUCAAUUCAUCCAUCUAUUAUGCCGAGUUGCAAUCAACUGUGAAAAAUUUACUGAAACAUUAGUUAAGCUGAGUGUCCUAGUUGCCUAUGAAGGUUUGCCACUUCAUCUUGCACUGUUCCCCAAACUUUGGACUGAGCUAUGCCAGACUCAGUCUGCUAUGUCAAAAAAUUGCAUCAAGCUUUUGUGUGAAGAUCCCGUUUUUGCAGAAUAUAUAAAGUGUAUCCUGAUGGAUGAAAGAACUUUUCUAAACAACAACAUUGUGUACACAUUCAUGACACAUUUUCUUCUAAAGGUUCAAGGUCAAGUGUUUUCUGAAGCAAACUGUGCCAAUCUGAUCAGCACCCUAAUUACAAACUUGAUAAAUCAGUAUCAGAAUAUGCAGUCUGAUUUCACCAACCGUGUUGAAAUUUCCAAAGCAAGUGCUUCUUUAAAUGGGGAUCUGCGUGCACUUGCUUUGCUCCUGUCAGUCCACACUCCCAAGCAAUUAAACCCAGCUCUAAUUCCAACUCUGCAAGAGCUUUUAAGCAAAUGCAGGACUUGUCUGCAGCAGAGAAACUCACUCCAAGAGCAAGAAGCCAAAGAAAGAAAAACUAAAGAUGAUGAAGGGGCAACUCCUGUUAAAAGAAGGCGUGUUAGCAGUGAUGAGGAGCACACUGUAGACAGCUGUAUCAGCGACAUGAAAACAGAAACUAGGGAGGUCCUAACCCCAACUAGCACUUCAGACAAUGAGACAAGAGACUCUUCAAUUAUUGAUCCAGGAACCGAGCAAGAUCUUCCUUCCCCUGAAAAUAGUUCUGUUAAAGAAUAUCGAAUGGAAGUUCCAUCUUCGUUUUCAGAAGACAUGUCAAGUAUCAGGUCACAGCAUGCAGAAGAACAGUCCAACGAAGGUAGAUUUGAAGACUGUAAAGAGUUCAAGGACCUCCACUGUUCCAAGGAUUCUAACCUAGCUGAGGAAGAGUCUGAGUUCCCUUCUACUUCUAUCUCUGCAGUUCUCUCUGACUUAGCUGACUUGAGAAGCUGUGAUGGUCAAGCUUUGCCUUCCCAGGACCCUGAGGCUGCUCUAUCACUCAGUUGUGGCCAUUCCAGAGGACUCUUUAGUCACAUGCAGCAACACGACAUUUUAGAUACUCUGUGUAGGACCAUUGAAUCUACAAUCCAUGUGAUCACAAGGAUAUCUGGCAAAGGAAACCAAGCUGCUUCUUGACAUUAGAUGUAGCAUGUCUACUACUUUUAAGGUCCCUUCUCUCCAUCCCCCACCCCCAAAGCUGUUUGUAUAAGUUUUGCUUAUUUCUGUUUUUGUGCUUCAGUUUGUCCAGUGCUCUCUGCUUGAAUGGCAAGAUAGAUUUAUAGGCUUAAUUCUUGGUCAGGCAGAACUCCAGAUGAAAAAAUUUGCAUCUUCAGUAUACUUUCUAAAGGGCAAUCAGAUAACGGAUAUGUUUUAUGUAAUUAAGAGUUCACUGUAGUGGCUUUCAUUUAAUAUGGCUGUCUGGGAGGAACAGGGUUCCCUGGCCCUGUACAAUGUAAUUUAAACUUACAGCAUUUUUACUGUGUAUAAUAUGGUGUCCUCUGUGCCAGUUUUGUACCUUAUAAUAGAGGCAGGUCGCCUCCGAUCGCUGUGGUUCUUAUUAUCAAAAUUAAGUUUACUUGUAUACGGAACAACCACAAGAAAUUUGAUUCUGUAAAGAAUCCUCUUUAGCUGUGGCCUGGCAGUAUAUAAAUGGUGCUUUAUUUAACAGAAUACCUGUGGAGGAAAUAAAGCACACUUGAUGUAAAAAUAAUUGUUUUAUUUUUAUUGACAUGACUGAUUGAUUGCUAUUCUGUGCACUUAAUUAAACUGAUUGUGAUGACUUUUCA